AUGAAAUAAGUCACCUUCUUAUUCAUCCUUUUUACUUUAAGCAUCCAAACAUAAUUGCAAUCUAAAGUAGAUUAAGUUAUGGCAUAAAUGGAUUAAAUGGCAUUAAAAAAUGAUUUUUCAAAGCAAUUAGCAGGUCUAAUUGAGCUUAAAAUGUUAUAAAGCUCUUAUGUCGAGGAAGUUCUCAAGGAGAUAAAAGGUAUAAGAGACUAAUUAAUUGCCGAUUAAAGUGUUGAGGAUUAAGAAUAUGCAAAAGUAAAUAAAUUAAAGUAUUAUUACCUAAGAAAAUUGGACAAUUGAAUGUGGAAAUUGAAAUUUUAGAAAUACAAACCGAAAAGCUUGCCAAAGAAUUACAAAGAUUAAACUAAUAAAUUGCAGAAUUGAAUGAAGAUAUUAGCAAACUAAUUGGUACCUAAUAAUCAUAAGAGAAAUAAUUAAGUACCUUGAACUCAAAAGAGGAAGAAAUUAGAAACUAAUACAAAAGUGAAAUCGAAACUCUUAAGGUAACAAUUAUGUCUAUACCAAGCAAAGAACAACAAAUAAUAUCAAAUCGAUUGAUGGAUUAAAUGAAAUGAUUGCAAAAUUACAAUAAGCAGUGUUUGCAGAGUAAAGUAAAACUACUGUACUCUCCUAAUAACAUACAAAACAGUAUGUUGAUGAUCUUAGAAACUAAUUAGGACCAAAUCAUCCUUUGACUGCUUUAGUCGCUGUAACUACAAAGUAAUUUGAGGUUUUUGAUUUAGAUUUGAUGUACCCACUGUGACUAAAAUUAUUUAACUUCUUGAAAAUAUCAGAGGUGAGAGAAUCCAGGAAAAUGCAGGUGCUGAUGAAUACGAAGCAAAAGUUACUUCAUCUUAUCAAAUUACUUUAAAAGAAGUAACUGAAGUUAGAGAAAGAUUAAGUGCUGAUUAUUCAAGAACUGUAGUUACUCUUAAAAGAAGAAAUGAAGAAAAUGUAUUAUUUCUCCUAAUUUUCAGGCUCUCUCUACAAAGUCGAGAUACUAAAUCUAAAAAGAUUUACCAAUUGCUUAAGAUUUACUUCAAUAAUAUAGAAAUGAAAGAGAAAUUGUUUAAUCCAAUUAUAAUAUUAGAUCUGCUAAAAGAGAAAAUGAAAUUAAAAUCAUAACUCAAGCAUAUACUAUAGUAGCACAACAAGUUAGAGUAUGA